UUAUCAUUUAACGUCCCUGACGUUAUAAACCCAAAUUACUGUGUUACAACAAAAUACCAAGAUGGAAAGUAUCGAGGAUAUGAUGAGGAUGGACAAGGAGAAGCUGGUGGAGCCUGUCAAGGCCGUUCAGGAGAAAUGGAGGCUUCUUCCUGCAUUCCUAAAGGUGAAGGGACUUGUAAAACAACACAUAGAUUCCUUCAAUUUCUUCAUCAACAACGAUAUCAAAAGCAUUAUGAAGGCCAAUGAGAAAAUCUCAAGUGAUGCUGAUCCCAACUUCUACAUGAAGUACCUGAAUAUCUAUGUAGGAAUGCCAGAUGUAGAGGAGGGAUUUAACAUCACCAAGCCCAUAUCGCCUCAUGAGUGUCGCUUACGAGAUAUGACCUAUUCAGCACCACUGACUGUAGACAUUGAGUACACCCGUGGGAACCAACGCAUUGUGAGAAAGAAUCUUCCUAUUGGCAGGAUGCCGAUGAUGCUGCGUAGUUCCAAUUGUGUCCUGACUGGGAAGAGUCCCGCCGAGAUGGCUAAACUCAAUGAAUGUCCUAUGGAUCCAGGUGGCUACUUUAUAGUCAAGGGCAACGAGAAAGUCAUCCUCAUUCAAGAACAGCUCUCAAAAAACAGAAUGAUUGUUGAUACGAGUGCUGGGCGCAAAGGCACCAUAGAAUGUUCUGUCACUAGCUCAACACAUGAGAGGAAGAGUAAGACGUAUGUAACCACUAAAAAGGAGAAGUUCUAUCUACGACACAAUACAUUCGCUGAGGAUAUUCCAGUGGCUAUCGCAUUUAAGGCAAUGGGGAUUGAAUGUGACCAGGAAAUAGUACAGAUGAUUGGAAGUGAAGAGGAAGUGCUGACUGCCAUAGCCCCAUGUCUAGAGGAGUGUCACCGGGCACAGGUGUUCACACAAACACAGGCACUGAAAUACAUUGGGAUGCGUGUGAGACAGCGGCGGAUGUGGGGUGCUCCAAAAAAGAGUAAGGUGGACGACGCCAGAGAUGUUCUACACAGUGUGGUACUGGCCCAUGUCCCUGUAGUACAGUGGAACUUCAAAGUGAAGUCAGCCUACCUGGCCUUGAUGGUGCGUCGUGUAAUACUAGCCAAGGGUGACAAGGUCAAGGCCGAUGAUCGUGAUUACUACGGUAACAAGCGUCUGGAGCUGGCUGGACAGCUUCUUUCACUGCUGUUUGAAGAUCUGUUCAAGAAAUUUAAUUCAGAGUUGAAGAGAAUAGCUGACAUGACCAUACCAAAACCGAGAGCUGCCCAGUUUGAUAUUGUUAAACACAUGAGACAAGAUCAGAUCACCAAUGGCCUUGUUAAUGCCAUAUCUACAGGUAACUGGUCCAUUAAACGGUUUAAGAUGGAUCGAGGUGGAGUGACACAGGUACUGUCCAGAUUGUCCUUCAUCUCAGCCUUAGGAAUGAUGACUCGUAUCUCUAGUCAGUUUGAGAAAACUCGAAAGGUCAGCGGUCCACGGUCACUUCAACCAUCACAGUGGGGAAUGCUUUGUCCCUCAGACACUCCAGAAGGGGAGUCAUGUGGUCUUGUAAAAAAUCUAGCCUUGAUGACUCACAUCACAACAGACCACGAGGAAACGCCAAUCAUACGUCUAGCUUUUAACCUUGGUGUAGAGGAUAUACAGCUACUCAGUGGCGAGGAAAUGACCAGUCCAAAAGUCUAUCUCGUCUUUCUUAAUGGUAAUAUACUUGGUGUGAUCCGUGACCAUAAGAAGUUGGUGCGGACGUUCCGGUUGAUGAGAAGGGCUGGGUUUAUUGAUGAGUUUGUGUCCGUGUGUACUAACCAAUCACAUCGCUGUGUCUACAUAUCUACUGAUGGUGGAAGACUCUGUCGACCAUAUAUCAUUGUCAAGGAUGGACGUCCACUGGUUAAACAGAAACAUAUUGAGGAACUCACUCAGGGAUUCAGAAGUUUUGAUGACUUCCUGAAGGAAGGUUUGGUGGAAUACCUGGAUGUAAACGAGGAAAAUGACUGCAUGAUAUCUCUGUAUGAAGCAGAUAUAAACAGGGAGACAACCCAUCUGGAGAUAGAACCAUUUACCAUAUUAGGAGUGUGUGCAGGGCUGAUCCCCUACCCACAUCACAACCAGUCUCCCCGUAAUACCUACCAGUGUGCUAUGGGAAAACAGGCCAUGGGUACCAUUGGCUACAACCAAAGGAACAGAAUUGACACACUGCUCUACCUGUUGUGUUACCCCCAGGCCCCGCUCGUUAAGUCUAAGACAAUUGAGCUGAUUCACUUUGACAAGUUACCUGCAGGACAAAAUGCCACUGUUGCUGUGAUGAGUUACAGUGGCUAUGAUAUAGAGGAUGCUCUCAUCCUCAAUAAGUCUUCACUAGAUAGAGGAUUUGGAAGGUGUCUUGUCUACAGAAAACAGGCAUGUACCCUAAAACGCUAUGCCAAUCACAGUUUUGACAAAGUGAUGGGACCAAUGUUAGAUGCUACUACACAUCGACCGGUCUGGAGGCACAGCAUUCUCGACAUGGAUGGUAUCUGUUCCCCAGGUGAAAAAGUUGAAAGUAAACAAGUUAUGGUAAACAAGUACAUGCCCACUGUGACUAUGAAUCCCCUCCAGAGCCCCUCUGGACAGGCUCAGCAACCAGAAUACAGAGAUGUCCCAAUUACGUACAAGGGAGCAGAGCCAUCUUACAUAGAAAAGGUUCUCAUCACCUCCAACCCAGAGGAAGCUUUUUUAAUCAAGAUGCUGCUAAGACAGACAAGACGACCAGAAAUAGGUGACAAGUUCAGUAGUCGACAUGGACAGAAAGGUGUGUGUGGACUGAUUGUACCGCAGGAGGAUAUGCCUUUCACAGAUCUGGGAAUUUGCCCAGAUAUUAUAAUGAAUCCCCAUGGUUACCCCUCAAGAAUGACAGUUGGAAAACUGAUGGAACUACUAGGUAGUAAAGCAGGUGUACUUGAUGGCAAAUUUCACUACGGUACAGCAUUCAGUGGAGAUAAGGUAGAGGACUUGUCUGCUGAUCUGAUCCGUCAUGGCUUUAACUACCUCGGGAAAGACUACGUCACCUCUGGCAUCACAGGGGAACCUCUGUCAGCAUACAUCUACUUCGGCCCAAUCUACUACCAGAAGUUAAAACACAUGGUAAUGGAUAAGAUGCACGCCCGUGCCAAAGGACCCCGUGCAGUGCUGACACGACAACCAACUGAGGGUCGUUCUCGUGAUGGUGGUCUCAGACUCGGGGAGAUGGAGCGUGACUGUCUCAUUGGUUACGGAGCAAGGUGUGGCAAUGUAUUAAACCAACUUCUACUUGAAAACCAAACAGCCAAGGAUCAUGAUAUUGGACCUUGCAUGCUAGGACAAAUCAAUGACCUUCAAUUAUUGUCAAGGUCCUAG